UUAUGUUUCAGGAUGUUCAAGAUUUGGGAGUGUUGUCGAAUGCAUCAGCAGGGUUUCUGGCUGCUUUCUUCUCUUCUUUCUCGCUUUGUCCCACUGAGCUAAUCAAAAUCAAAAUGCAGGCAGCUAAAGAGCAUGCUGCGCAGACUAAGACCGCUGUAGAGAGAGAAAGCGCUUUCAAAAUAACGCACAAAAUCUUGAAAACUGAAGGCAUUAUGGGAGUAUUCAGAGGUAUAGUGCCGACAAUGGCCCGCGAAAUGCCUGGGUAUUUCUUUUUCUUCGGUGGAUAUGAAGCUACAAGAAUCAUGUUAACACCAGAGGGAAAGACGAAGGAUGAAUGUGGAGCCCUGCGGACAAUGGCGGCUGGAGCGGUGGGUGGCGUCAGUUUCUGGACGGCGGUGUUUCCAUUUGACGUGGUCAAGUCGCGCAUCCAAGUCGGCCAAAUGUCUGACGGCUCCAUGUUCACCAACAUGCUAACCAUGUUCAGAAACGAAGGAUGCGCUGAAUCGCUGUUAGAGCAUGUAGAUGUUCAUGAGUUGGCCGAAAUGGUUGACACUCAGUUGCAGCAGGAGAUGUGGACAGCGCCACUCGAGCUCAUCGACAAAGUGUCCACCAUGUACCUUGAGGGGAGGCUCAGGCGCGUCUUCACGCCAGAAGAACUAUCUAGAAGAUUCACGGCAAUGUACAGCGGCUGGACUCCAACAGUGAUACGCACAAUUCCAUCAACUGCCGUCCUAUUUCUAGUUUAUGAAACUAGUCGAUCACUUCUCAAUUCCUUUCUUGGAACUGAAAAUAUUGCAUAGCAAUUUAAUUGUCUACUUCUGUUAUUUACUGAAAGUAAAAUUUUGUUUGCUCAAAGUGUA